AUGAAUAAUUCUAACGCUGAUGUAACAGAAAGAGCAUUAGCAACCCCAGUCCAAAAGGUGAAAAGGAAACGAACACGCAAGAGAUUUAAUCUGGACACAUCACCACUGAACAAAAAGCCAAAAAUAAGAUACGAUUCCCGUGAAACUGUUUGGGAUGACGAGAAUCUUAGCAAGAUAAUAGAGUAUCUUAAAACAAAUGGAUUCCACGGGGAAUAUGAAGAGAUCCGAAAAAUUUUUCCCACCAAUUUGAUUUCAGAAACUGGCCUACGAGAAAUGUUCCAAGAGCUAAGCAGGUGGUCUGAACCCCUCAAGGAUGAUUCUAAAGAAAGGGACCCUCCUAAAAAACGAAGUGCCAUCAAACCAUCCCCUGUCGAAGAAUGGAUCACUAUGAUCAGGGACUGCAUUGAAGCUCAAAGACAUUCUCCCAUCCCUGCAUUAAUGCUCAAAUGGAUAGCCAUGUUUGAAGAGCACCCUGAUCCAGCAUCAUGUUGUGAAGUAGAUUACAAAGCUAUUUACAUGUACAUAUCUUCGCUUUUGGACGGCCAUAUUCCUAAGCAACUGAACCCUCAAAGCGCAUUGAAACUAGUUUCCUUAUAUGAUGAUUUGGUGAAGAUAGUCAAGGCAUCCGCGACUGAAUCGCAAGAGUGGAUAAUCAAGUCGGCCAAACUAUCAAUCUGUAAUCAAAAGAUCUCACGAGAUGAAAAGAACAAACUCCUCAGAAAUCGGCGACGAACGGAAUGGAGUGAGGAGGAGAAGAAACAAGCCGCCAUUCUAAAAUCUGAUGAUUUAGAUGAAAUCAAAAAAAUUUAUUGCGAAAAUCGGGGCUUAAAUCCUUUUUCAUUUCCAUCCGGUAUGUAUAUGUAGCUUAUCCGCGCUGCUUCUCUCUGCAACUUGGCCCGAAAUUUGCUCUCUCAACUGGUCCUCUAAAUCCGCGUGCCUUUUUAUCGUCGGGACAAGGUUCGUCUCCUGCGAUUGAUUGUCUUUUUCAACGACAGUCGUGUCUGAGA